CCGUUGACAAACCUAGUUAGGAUGCUCCCCAGCCACUAAAACCAUCCAGACAUCAUCCUUCCUUCCAUCUCUGUUUUCGAGAAACUGGAAGCCGCUGUUGCUGCAAAACGAGGCGAUGGAAGCUGCACUUUUAGCUGUUGUUGGAAAGUGUGCAUGGAAUCCUCUUAAGAAACACAUGGGCUAUCUGAUUCAUUUUAAUGACAAUGUUAAGGAUAUGAAAGACCGUGUACAAGAGUUAGUGGCCAGGAGAGGAGACAUAGAUCGACUGGUAAGCACGGGCUGCUCCAAUGGUGAAGAGAUAAUCGGAGAAGUCAGUUUAUGGCUAAUACGAGCUGCUGACAUGAAAGAAGAAUCAGAGACGAUAGAGCAGAGAGUGGCAGAAAACAAGAGAUGUCUAUUUUGUCCAAAUUUGAGCUGGCGUUACCGUAUAAGCAAGCACGCGAAGCAAACGAUGGAGAAUAUGGUUAAGCACCACAAUGAAGGAAAUUUUGAGAGGGUAACAAUGCCCCCACUUAUUCCGAAAGUAAUAAACCAGCCAGCUCCAUCAAUUGAUGGUUUACCAUCAAUGGAAUCAUACCUGGUACAAGUCAUGAAUGCUUUAGGUGAUGAAAAUAUCAAAAUAAUUGGUGUAUGGGGCAUGGGUGGUGUUGGCAAAACGACCCUUGUGAAAAUUAUGAAAAAUAGGUUGGAAGGCACAAAACAAUUCAAUAAAGUCAUAAUGAUGACUGCUUCAAAGGAUGUGGACAUCAGAAGGAUUCAGGGUGACAUUGCGAAGCGAUUGGGUUUCACCCUCAGGGAUGAGGCUGAAUCCUCACGAGCAAGUGACCUGAGGAAUAGGUUGAUGAACGAGAAGAAAUUUCUCAUAAUCUUGGACGAUUUAUGGGAGCGACUUGAUUUGGCCGAUGUGGGGAUUCCCUUAACUAAUGAGCUUGGGGCUUGUAAGAUCAUAUUCACAACCCGGUGUGAAGAUGCAUGCAGAGGAAUGGAAAGCCAAGUUAAUAUUAAAGUAGAUGUUCUCUCAGAUGAUGAAUCGUGGAAACUAUUUAAAGAGAAAGCAGGUGAUGUUGUUGAUGAUGCUUCAUUGCAUGCAAAGGCAAGGGAGGUUUUCAAGGAAUGUGGCGGUCUUCCACUCGCGAUUAUAACACUUGGAAGGGCACUCAGAGGUGUGAGAAAUCCUAAUGUGUGGGAUAAUGCACUGUCCCAACUGAAGAUGUCUAUGCCAAGAGAUAUCAAAGGCAUGGAGGACAAGGUGUACCAGUCUAUCAAAGUCACCUAUGACCAUUUGCGACCUGAGUUGAAACCGGGCUUCUUGUUUUGCUGCUUGUUUCCUGAAGAUUAUGAUAUUCAUGUGGACAGGAUGAUCAGACUAUGGAAGGGUGAAGGCUUUUUAGAAAAUGUUGGAAGUUUGGAUGAAACAAUAAAUAAAGGGCACUCUUGGAUUGAAGAACUCAAAUCUUCUUGUUUGUUAUUAGAAGGUAGAAUAGAAGGCUAUGUGAAAAUGCACGACAUUGUUAGGGAUGUUGCCAUUUCAAUUUCGUUAAAAGAAGAUGAAGGCUGCAAAUCUUUGGUGAGAUCUGGAGUUAAACUGAAAGGUAUGCCACAGGGGCAAAACUGGAAGGAAUACAAGAGGAUUUCUCUCAUGCGGAGCGGAAUUCAUAAACUACCAGAAGGGUUGCAGUGUCCUAAAUUACUGACAAUGAUGAUGCCAGAAAAUAAAGAGCUGACCGAAAUACAAGGUUGGUUUUUUGAGGCUACAAAAGACCUUCGGGUUCUGGACAUAAGAGAAACGACUAUCAGUAGGCUACCACCUUCGUUGUCAAAGUUGGUGAAUCUACGGGUCCUUUGCCUAAGAGAGUGCAUGUUUGAUGGGAGUUAUCUAUCAGCACUUGGGGGAUUGAAGCAGCUUGAAUCCCUAGAUCUUUCAUAUAAUAGUAACUUAUGUAAAUUGCCAACUGAAAUCGGAGAAUUGAUCAAUCUACAGAGCUUGGACUUGACAGAGACUCGGAGUCUUGUAAUGAUUUCAAGUGGUGUUAUAUCAAGGUUGACUCACUUGGAAGAAUUGAAGAUGUGGAACAGCUUUUGCGAGUGGGAGAUUGAAGAAGAAGAUUCAGGCAGUAGCAUCAGCAAUAAAAACAAAAACGCUACUUUGGGUGAGGUGGCAUCUUUGAAAGAGUUAUCUUAUUUAGACAUUUGGAUUGGGGAUGUAGAACGUUUCCCACAAGACUAUCCUCAGAUUAAACAUUGGGCAAAGUUGAAGAAUUUUCGUUUCUACCUAUACCCGUCUGGGCAUGAAGGAAUUGUAUUCGAUUAUUAUCCUGGAUUCAUCCAUGGUUCCUUAAGAUGGAUGAAGCUUGUUGGUUGCAAUGCCAUUCCUGGAUGGGUUAGAAUUCUUUUACCACAUACUACCAUUUUAGAGUUACUAGAUUGCAAGGGUCUAAGAGCACUUGGUGGUCGUGGAGGAUUCCCAAGUUUGGAAUAUCUUGAAAUUUGGGAAUGUGUUGACAUGGAAUUUGUUCUAAGUGCAAAGGAGUCUAAUACAUUUCGUAAUUUACAGCGGUUACGACUAGAAAACCUACCAAAUCUAUAUAAAGUCGUCUCUGUGGAUGAAGAGGGAUUGCUUCCAACCACAUUCCUUGAUAACCUUAGGAACCUGCAAGCGUAUAAGUGUCAUGGACUAAAGCAUCUACUUCCAACUUGUUUAUUGCAAGGAAUGGACAAUCUAACCGAAGUCGAAGUGUGGAGUUGUGAAGCAAUGGAGCAUGUGUUUGCUGGACCGCCCAUGACGGUGCAAUACCAUCAUGUUCUCACCAAACUCGAAACCUUGUAUCUUCAAGAUCUAACAAGCAUGACAAGUAUUUGGGCAAUGGGAUUAGUGGUGAAGCUCCAAAACCUCACUACCUUGACACUUUGGUGGUGCCAUGGCUUGAAGAAGACCAUUCUAACGUCGGCGCAGAUGAAGGACGGGCUUCCUAAUCUUGCAAACCUCAGCGUAGGCUAUUGCAAAGGAGUAGAGGAGAUCAUUUCAGAUGUGGUGGACAAAGAGGGUCUCCUACCUAAACUAAGAGUUCUGAGAUUACACGCACUACCGGAAUUGAUGCACAUCUGUGGAGGAGAGGCUGCUACCCUGCUGCAACUAGAUUGGCAUUCAUUGGAAGAAAUAGAAGUGGAUAGAUGUCCGAAUCUUAAGAAGCUGCUGCCUCUGCAAGGUGGGGCCCACAGUGCGCCUUUGCUGCGAAAGAUUAAGGGGGAAAUAGAGUGGUGGGAGGCUUUAGAUUGGGAAGGAGAUGACACUGUUUUGUCCCAUUUCCAUCCAUUGUUUAUAGAGUUUUAGUGGAAUUUCUAUCAUUCAAGUAAAAGUUUGGUAACUUCAAAGGCUAUGACGGAUGAUGCGCAGUUGGAAGUGCAGUUGACAGGAGUAUAAGGGCCAUGAUUCCAAUCCAGAUGCAGAGGGACAGAUGGUCUGGGUCCUAACCAUUCCCACACAGAGUAGAGGAGGCAGCCGGAGGAUGGUAACAGUCAAAGAAGAAAAGACCCAAUUGCAUGUGGGUGCUGAUGGGAGAAGCCAGGUCUAAGUAACUAAGUAGAUGUUGAAGGCAACAACGGAGAGGAAGCGCAAUAGUAUCAGCAGCUCGUGCACGGGGAACCCUCGCCCACCAUAGAAACCUGCCAACAUGAUACACGUGUCAUGUUAUCUGAACUUCUAACAAGGUGUGCCACACUGUUUAUUUAUUAUUUUUACACUGUGGCCUAUCUAAGUGUGAAAUGGCCUGAUCUUUUAACCACAAGAUCUAAUCAGUGCCCUCCAACAGAUGGAAAGCUCGAAUUCAUGAAUACACACGCAGACAACAUAAUUGCCCAUGCAUGUGGCUGCAUGUGUAUGUCAAUUCUCGCCAUUUGCAGGCACAUAUCAUGCCUUGUAAUUUCAA